AUGUCGACUAUUGAAGAAGCUGCUCAACGAUAUACUCCUCUAGAAGAACCACCAUUUGGCAAUACUACUAUUAUCCGAUUCUCUAUCUACAUACAAAUGUCGUUUGCUGCAAUCGAAAACGAAGGAGAAGAUGAGCAAGAAAUGGUGGGUACGCAACAAUCAGCAAUACAAAGAUUAUCUCAAGAAAGAUUCAUGCCUUUGACACUCCAGAAACAUAUGAAACCAAAGUUUGGCCCUUUGUUAGGUGCCGCAGAUAAUGAUGCACAAGUUUUAGGAUUUUUAAAAAAUCAAUUAUCUGGAGAACUUUUUACAUGGAUGAAAAUUGCUAAUCCUGGAGUAAAUGAUGAAAAUUGUGUCUCAUAUCUUAUGGGGGAAUCCUCGGAAUUUAAUACAGUUUCGCCCCCUCCUUUACCUCCAAAACCUCAUCACUUGUCUCAAAGGGCCCGGGAUUUACAGGAAAUAAAAAACUAUGUCGAAAGAGUUUAUGAAGAAAUAUACGAACCAUCAACGUCGUACGGCACAGAAAAUUCCGACGAAGAAAUAGUAGAAAUAAUUGACAGGCCGCCAUCAAUCUUGUAA